AUGCAACAAGAAGCAAAUCCCAGAACGUUAAUGUUUGCCCUCUUGCUCACCAUGCUCAUCUCCUCAUGCUUGGUUCACUCGAGCAACUCAGCCAACUCUCCAUCACCUUCACCGGCUGUUGUUGGGAUGCCAAUGCCGAAUGAGCCGCCUCGACGGAUUGUUAAAAAGGGAAGGAGAGGGUCGUUUCCGGCUACUUGCCAUUUAAAGUGUAACCAGUGCGAGCCUUGCAUGCCAGUUCAAGUAUCAGUCCGAGCAAUGGCAUUGGAAGAGAACGAGUAUUAUCCACAGGUGUGGAAAUGUUCCUGUGGUGAUAACAUAUUUUCCCCUUAG